GAUUCCUGGCUUUUGCAGCGUUGGGGGCAGUGGUCACCUGUGCGUUAGCCCCAGCUCCAGCCAGAGCCUUUCUGCUGGUGUUGCCGCUCCCUGCCGCCGCCUUCUCUGCCUGGUUCCCUGCGGGAUCAUGAUGUGCUUCCGCCUGUCUCCCGUUCCGGGCUUGGGUCUCGUUCUGCUGGGUCUCCUCCUGGGAUCUUUCCAGUCUUAUGCAUUGGAAGUUACUUUAACAAACUCAGAAAAUGCCACCUGCCUUUAUGCAAAAUGGCAUAUGAAUUUCACAAUAUCGUAUGAAACUACAAACAAAACUCAGAAAACUGUACCCAUUCCAGACACUGACAAUGCAACAUAUGAUGGAAGCAGUUGUGGGGAUGACAAGAAUGGUGCCAAAAUAGUGUCACACUUUGGACCCGCUUUAACCUGGACUGUGAAUUUUACCAAGAAGGCACCUAAUUAUUUAAUUGACAGCAUCCUAUUUUCCUAUGAUCUUAGCAAUAGCACACUAUUUCCUGAUGCCAAAGAAAAAGGAAUUAUUACUGUUGAUGAGGCAGUGGCACUUGAAGUUCCACUGAAUAACACGUUUAGGUGCAAGAGUUUAACAACUGACAGAAGGGAUUCUGUUGUCCAGACAUAUUGGGAUGUUUCUGUACAAGCUUUUGUCCAAAAUGGCACAGUGAGCAAAAAAGAAUAUUUGUGCAAGAAUGAUCGGCCUGCCACCACGGUAGCACCCAUCAUUCACACCACCGAGCCAUCUCCUACUACAACACCCACCCCAAAAGGAAAACCAGAGGUUGGAAACUACACGGUUAGUCAUGGUAAUGACACCUGUCUGCUGGCUACCAUGGGGCUGCAGCUGAACAUCACUCAGGAGAAGGUUUCCUCAGUUUUUAACAUCAACCCCAAAACAACUAGCUUCACUGGCAGCUGCCAGCCUCAAACUGCUCAACUUCGACUGAACAACAGCAGGAUUCAGUAUCUUGACUUUGUCUUCGCUGUGAAAAAUGAAAACCGAUUCUAUCUGAAAGAAGUGAAUGUCAGCAUGUAUUUGGAUAAUGGUUCUGUUUUUAGUGUUGCAAAUAACAACCUUAGCUUCUGGGAUGCCCCUCUGGGGAGUUCAUAUAUGUGCAACAAAGAGCAGGUUGUUGCAGUGUCUGGAACAUUUCGCAUAAACACCUUCAAUCUAAGGGUUCAACCUUUCAAUGUGACAGGAGGAAAGUAUUCUACAGCCCAGGAGUGUUCGCUGGAUGAUGACAACAUUCUAAUACCAAUUAUAGUUGGUGCUGGUCUUUCAGGCUUGAUUAUUGUUAUAGUGAUUGCUUACCUAAUUGGCAGAAGAAAAAGUUAUGCUGGAUAUCAGACUCUGUAACACUAAUCCACACGUGAUCUCUGUUACACAACAAUAAAGCAAGUACAAGUCCCAAUCUGCAAAGCUGUCCAAUUUAUGGUACUUUAGUUGCAGUCCUGUUCUUAGACUGGGUGGUAUGGUAGGUUUCAAAUGUAAAUAGAAAAAUUCCAAAGGAAAAAAAUCCCUAAACUAUCAAUUAGCUAUGUGAGUUUGGUUUUCCCUAACCAAAAAAGUUAAAACUUACUUGCAUAGGAAAAGGCAUGUACAAAAUUGUAUGGAUGAUAGAGUCUAUGUUACUGCCUUGAACUAGUAUUUCAAUAUGUCACUUAUAUAGCCUGACUAGAAAUAUGCAGUUUAGAAAACAAAACAAAACAAAACAAUGAAACAGUGAUCUUUCUUUGCUUGUGUGAGGUUGAGUUGGGACAACAUACUUGCCAGCGGAUUUGUACUUGCUUCUUAUGCGUUUUGAGACUUUGUUUGCAGGUAGUUUAGGUUCCUUAGCAUUGCUACAUAUUUGACGUAUGCAGGAGGGAUGAGUGGGUUUGAGCAGAGCCCAGUGAUACCAUAUUCCUAUCGGUAACUUCUUUACUCAUGCUAUUUGAAUGCAUUUGUAUUUAAUGUGGCUGGAAUGACAAAAAAUAUCAAAGCUUUAAAUUUUAAAAUGCAUGUUAAUCUUUAGUUUAAUCUUUGAAAAAAUGAAUAUUUCAGGCAGAAAUUGCAAGAUACAAGAUUAUUCCAACUGGCAUUUCAAUCUGUUUCUUUCAUUUCUUUUUUUUUUUGGUGCUUUAGAGAUAAUUACUAAGCAGUGCCAAAUGAGGGUAUUAGUCCUUUGUACCCAGAAAUUGGCCUCUACAUGUGGCACUAAAAUUAAUGCAAAUUUGUCUUUAACCUUCGAGUCUUCCUUGUUGGUGGUAACAUAUUUUGUUCUUUUCUUUUUAUUUAAGAAGAAAUGUCAGUAUGUCCUAGAACUUAGACAAAGAAGUGCACUUACACAUGGGGAAAAAAAACUUGCACUAAUCCAAAGUCUUGGUCUUCCAUUAAAUCAUUAUUCAUUUUCAGUUUGCAUUGAUUGCUACAGCAUUUACUAAUUUGGCUUUCACAUUUAAAUGGUUCUGCAAUAAUCAAAACUUACAUUGUUAUUGUUCAUUAUGGUAGGAUCAUCAUUAAUUCAUGUACUUUGUGCUCAGAUUUGUGCUCAGAGAGAUGCUCCAGUCAUCCAUUUACUAUGUACUACCUAAUGUUUAUUUGCAAAAGCAAAAUAUUUCAGCAUGACAGUUAACGCAUCAAGUAUUCCUUGAAGCUUCUAGGAGGUCUUUAUACACAUGCACACACACACACAUAAUAUAUGGCUGAGAAAAUAUUUUUAAAUAAUUAAUAUGCAUCUAUAUUGUGGUUAUUUGAGGAUGGCAGCUUAUAUGUCUUCCAUGUUGAUAUUGAAUGCAUACGCAUAAUGCACACACACACACACACACACACACACACACACACAUACACACACACACAGGUGAUUGCAUGUUAACAUAUGUGUCUAUAACUGUUUCUUUGUAUUGUAAUGGAAUGACAAAUACUUUCUCACUAUAAUUUGUCUGUCAGCCUGAAGGCCUUGGUGCCUCAGCAUCUUAUUCCAGACUAAUCCAUCUCCUAGCACUAAUUGAGCUGCACUGCUCAAUAUUUCCUAGAGAUGCAAUACAAGUAUGAGUUUUGAAACUAUUUUUCAUUUAAACUGUGUUUUCGUAUAAAAUUGUUAAUCUUAUAAGAAUGCAUUUUUUUUGCUUCCAAGAACACAGGCUUUAAUGAUAUUUCUAAUGAAUCAAUACAAAGAAGCCUUUUUUAAAAAAGACUGAAACUACAAGUGAGUGGCCCUGGCUUAAUGCUGUUAAUGUUUCUAGAAUUUUUUACAUUUAGGUUAUAUAUCUGAUUCAUAUUAAGAUACUUCCAAAAGUACUGUUUUAUAGAAAAAAAUGACUUCAAUGAAUAUUUUCAUAUUUUACGUGGACCAGUUUUUGUACUGCUAUUUAAUUCAUUGCCUAUAGAUACAUAAUCUUUGUACUUUUUUGUUUUGUUUUGUUGUAUUGGGUUUGCGCCUUGAUCAUAUUUGGUUUGGGUUAUUUUCAAGUCUUUCCCUUUGUAUAAAGAAACUGGUCCAUGUAAAUGCAUUCCAUGUUUUUUCUUCUGAUGUAUGGUAUCUCUUUUUAGAUAUUUGCCUGUCUGUUGCUCAACAUUGCUUCUAAAACAAUAAAGAUUCUUUUAUUUCUUAA